AUGUCUUCAAAUACCAACAACACUUCUGUUUGUUCACGUACCACUAGAUCAGCGAUACGUCAACAGUCUGAGUUAGAAGCUCGAGAGUCAAGGCCUACUCGAAGAAAUAACCGUCUUCUUUUAUCACUGUCUCCUAAUAUCAAAGCUCGACCCACUGGACUCAUCUUUCAGGGGAACCCGGAAUCAUAUUCACGUGCCAUUAGUUCUUCUACUGAAGAGUCUUGUCAGACUAACGCACUAGGCUCUUCACGAGGGUCACAAAAGAGAAAGUGUCCUAGUGAGGAUGACUUAGGGUCUGUUGGGUUUUCCUCUUCUCCUCUUAAUAAGAAUAGAUUUUUGAAAGGACAAGAUCGAACGAUUGAACUUAGGCCGGAUGUUGUAGAUUGUAAUUGUGCGAAUGACUUUAUGCUAGUCUUGCAUUAUCUCCGAGGUGCAUACAAAAGGAUUAAUGAUCUGGACAAGACCAUUCACGAGCAGAAAAAGACUAUCAAUGCUCUUUUAGAGAGCAUACGAUAUUUAGAAGCUCAUCACACCUUGGGCGUUGUUUCCCCUAAAACCCUUUCCACCUCUUCCGCUGCUCAGGAUAAGGCCAAAAAUCAAUCUGUUCAGGAGAAGGGUGAAAACCUUGUCACCCUUGAUUAUUCACUGACCGGCGCUGAGGAGAGUAGUGGAAGUGAGGAGGAACGUGGACGUAAGAGGAUUCUCAAGCCCAGGAAGGAUCCCAUACUCAGUUUGGAUCCUUAUGCUGAUCCUGCCUUUGAGCAAUACAAUCGACACCAGCGUAUGCUAGAGAAGGGGUUGAGGGAUAUCUCUCGAUCCCCUUGUUUGGAGAUCGGUUCUUCCACUCAUGCCGUUUCUUCCAGUGCCACUGAGACUGUGCUCGGUCGAAGGAGCCGCAGUGAGACCGAUGAUGAAGAGGCUGAACCUUCGAGGCGUCGUCAGCGCAUUAGCAAGACGACGCAGGAACGUCUUGAGGACACUGUCAGGGCCCUCUGCAAGCGGGUUAAAGAGCAGGAUGAGAGGAUACUGAGUUUGGAAAUUGAUAUAGAACUUUUGAAGAAAUCCAUUCCUUCUCCUACCCUACUCUUGUUGAACUUCCUUGAAAGUGCAAGGGAGUCCCUCAAGAAGCCAGAAUUGACUCGAGUUGUGGAGGAUGAGGGAGAAGGAAGCAAGCCCAAAGAACCACAGGCAAGGAGGACAUCAAAGAGAAUUGUCAAUAAAGCUCAAGCUAUGGAAAAUAAGGAAGAGUUGAGCAAAGCCAGCGGAUCAAAUAAAAGAAAAACAAGAGAUCGUUUUAUGAGUUUACAAACCUCUCUCAAACCGCCUGUCGAGAAUCGAGAAAAGAUCCUACAGCUUGAGCAGCGAGUUUUCGAGAAAUUCCUUCAGCAACGUAUCCAAUAUGCAUCCGAAUGCCCAGUGUCGGAGGAUCAAUCCCGAGUCCUAAGUUCAUCACCCAAGUCUAAGGCGUCACUACACAUUGUUAUACAAUAUCAACCUAUCUUUAAGAACAACAACCAGCAUGUGCCUAAAUUCAUGUGGCACUUCAAGGUUCCAAGGGUUAAGCAAGAUCAAUAUAAGGACAGUCUAGGCGACUACAUUGACAUGGGCGUACAUAGCAAGAGCGUUUCAUCCGUGCCCCAUGGCACCAAUAUGGAUGCAGAGUUUUUCAUCACCGAUGUUCAGCCCAAAGUGGACAAAGCCUCAGGUACCAACAGGAUCCCAAGGCGCUAG